AUGGCCCAGGCCAGACCUAAAAGAGACAUGUCUCUCCCUCAACUCCCUCCCGCUGCUCAACUGGAUGAUUCGUCGUCUUCUAUCAUUCCUCGGGACCAGUUCACCCGAAAACGCAUAAAAGACCUCCACAACUUCAUCACUCAAGAGCUAAAGAAGAGAGGUACGAAAACCCCUCAUGUUUUCCUUCCCUUUCGACUGCGUGUGGACGACCAAAAACUUGAACGGUUUCUAGCCACGAUAUUCCCAAAUGGACAGAUGAUAGACACGCUGAAUGAAUCGGCGACAAAGCGUAUCUUGGCCGGAUUCGAUGAAUUCACGUUAAUUUGCGGUCUUAAAUACCUUUGGUGCAGACUACCGAACCUGGAGAUCAUCGGCUGGGACAACUACUUGCAUUUCAAGCGCCUUGAGCGUGAACAUGGAUACCCCAAGGAUGCAUUUUUGAGGCUUAUGCCCAAAUGUGUUUCUACAAGAGCCCACGCUUCUAUUGUCUACGACUUCCUUGAUCUCCUCGUCAGCAUUGCGUCAUAUUCACAGUAUAACUACCUAAGUGGACGCAAAAUCUCCAAGAUGGCUUCGAUGUGGGCCUUCAAUAGUAUCGGAAAUUCAAAGCUGGCGUUUUAUGACGCCACGGCAUUCAAAGAGAACUCAUUUGUUAGCGGUCUAGAGCUGUGGAAGAAAACGUGCAUUGGACUCUUUCACUUGUUUCUCGCUUUCCUUAGGGCCAUGAUGCCAGACAACGAAGACCAACUUUUCAAAGGCCCAAAAUCCUUACAAUCAUUACUCAGCACAAACUCAUAUCCGCCACCCGAGAACCUGGACUCCAUCAAAUCCGUCAUUACCAUCCCAUGUGUACACGUCAAGACAACCCGGAGAAGCUCGGAUCCCUAUGCAUUGAUCACCAAGAUACGACAGAACCUCAAGUUCGAUCGGAAAGAUGAAUUUGUUUCAGUGGAAAACUACACCAUCCUUAAGAACAUCUUUUUGAAGGACUCGACCAACGAAAUCAUCUCAACACUCACGGAUGAGUCCCGGAGAAUCUUGACUAGAAUAAAUCCCGAUAUUCCUUUGUUCUCCGAGAUUUCCAUCACAAACGUUACUCUACAAGACUACUAUAUCUGGACCUGGCUUUCAUCGUUGGCUUCUGAUCAGUCCAGCUACGCCAAGGCUUUAUUUGGAAGAUCUAUCGUGGUUGAAGCUGGCUUGCGUGGGUUCCAGAAAUGGUUGAUUUUGACGGAAACCUCCAUUAGUCCAGAUGAGUAUAUCUCUCGCAUGAAGGGCUCCGAAAGACUAAGAUCGAAAUCACCUCUCAAAAGAGAGAAGUCUCCUUUAAAGGAUCUCCCGCCACCUCCUGGAUCCUCAAAUGGCUUGGCUCCACCUCCCGUCUCUAAAAAUGGCUUACUUCCGGAAGUGAGGUUUCAGGAAGAGCCUUUUGGAAUGGAGCAGUACACAUAUGAACCAGAUCAUCAUCAGGGCAUGCCCUACCAAGGCCGCAUUGGUCAUCCAAAGCCUGUCGAUGACUACAGCCAGUACAUGAGAGGUUUGAACGAUGACGAUCACUUGGCACAGAACUUCAACGACUUAAACAUCAACAAACAAAGUGGCGGCCAGCAGAGACCGCGUCCCCCACCAGUAGACCUUCUGCAACAGGAGCAGCCUUUGAAUGUUAAAAAAGUGCAUAAAAAGUCAAAGGAACCAAACGGGCACGACAAUGGUUACAGCAAUGGACAUUAUAAUCCCGACCAUUCUGGGUUUCCACAAGAGCAGUACCCUCAAGAGGCAUUGCAGUAUUCCGCAACACAUCCACCACAAGACUAUAGUGAACCUUUCGACAAUUAUACCACGUUGCAUGAUAGGCCUGAAGAGCCACAGUCUACGGAGCCAUUUGACAAUUACUAUGUUCCAAAUUCGCAUCAUGGCUCCAAACCAAAGGAGGCGAAGGCUGUCCAUGAUUCAAGUCGUAAAAGUCCAAGACGCAAACAUCAGGAUCUUCCUCCAGCCCCAGUGGAUAACCGAAUGCAAGAUGGCUAUUCAGGCAUGCCACCUGCUUCAUAUUCACAAGAACCGCCUGUCCCCUACUCUCAGGAACCUCCCGCUUCACACGAUCCAUAUCUGAUGCCUACUGGCCGUGCAGGUAACAGUAUUCCCCAUCAACCUCAGGAAAUCCCUCAAACUUACUCUAUUGACCAAUACCAGCAGUAUCAAGAAAAUCACUUGCCACCUCAAACGGAGUUUGACAACUCUCAACUCCCAGCACAACACAGCGAAGCUGUACCUGAGAAACCAAAGAAAAAGAAGAAGAAAAAGAAGAGUAAGCCGAGGGAUGAUUUCGGUAUACCAGUUGAUCAAUUACCUGACGGUCCUCCGCCACCUUUGCCGGCUGAACUUGCUCAACAGUUUGAACAUCAACCUCAAAAUGGAGAUUACCAUAAUGGACAUGGAGCUUUCAAUUCGACAACGCAGCCACCCCCACCACCUGAAAAGCCUGAGGCAAAGGGACUGCCAAGGCAUAUUCAGCAUCCUCGGGCAGCCGAGAAGGACCAUCAACCUCAUGAGCAUCCAUUACAACAAAGUAUUCAGAUCCCACCUCAAGAGAAAACACCUCGUGGUACCCCAAGCAAGUCGUCUCUUCCCAUAGGAGUGUCUCAUCAUAAUGGAAUCAGUCUGGCUGGUCGCUCCAAGAGAGGUUGCAUAGUCGAACGCAUGAGGCAUACACUGGUAGUCCUCCAAAGCAUGGUGCCCAUAGUUACAUGA